AUGUCGGAGACCAUCAAGCCUGUCAAAAUCCCCGGCGUUGCGUGGGAUAUCGCCGCCGACAUACACUUCCCACCAAACUUUGACAAGACAAAGAAAUACCCAGCGGUAUUGUCGGCCCAUCCGAUUGGCUCUUGCAAAGAGCAGACCUCGGGCAAUGUCUAUGGCAAGGCAAUGGCUGAAGCCGGCUUUGUGGUUGUCGCUUUUGACGCAUCUUUCCAAGGUGCCUCGGGCGGAGAGCCGCGGCUCAUGGAGAACCCCGAAUUUCGCGUCUCCGACUUUCGUUACGUGGUCGACUAUAUCCAAACACUGCCGUAUGUCGACCCAGAGCGUAUCGGCGUGCUGGGUGUUUGUGGCGGCGGUGGCUAUGCUUUCAACGCUACCAUGACCGACUACCGCCUCAAGUGCUGCGUCGGCAUCACAGCGGCGAACUUUGGCCGGCUGGCCCGGGAAUCCCUCGCUGGCUUCGAUCCGGUCGGUUCUCUUGAGAAAAUGGCCAAACAGCGCACCCUCGAAGCCCAGGGUGCCGAUCGUUAUAUCUUCCCAUUCCUUCCCCCGACAGUCGACGAGGCUAAGAAGAUGACUUCGGAUCCUGAUAUCGUCGAGGCGACAGAAUAUUAUAAGACCAGCCGCGGCCAGAAACCAUGUGGUACCACGAGCGGCCUUUUCUCAUUCAAUAGCGCCGCCCUUGCAUGGGAUGCUUUCAAUCAUGCGGAGGUCAUCAUGACUCGUCCAUUCAUCGCCGUUAUUGGCGCCAUUCCUGGUGGCUUUGGCGCCUAUCGUGACGGCAAUGAGAUUUAUGGUCGUGCCGCUUCUAAGGAGAAGGAGCUUGUUGUGCUCCCCGGCGUGUCGCACUACCAGCUUUAUGACGAGCCGAAGGCUGUCAAAGCUGCGCUUGAUAAGGUUCUGCCAUUCCUGAAGAAGCAUCUUGGCGAUGCUAUAUAG